CGAGAGAGCCGCCCAGCGCAGGUCCAAUCAGAAGCGUGCAGUUCUUAACCGCGGGGUCGCGAGGGACAAAAUCGGGGUCGCAAAAAGAUAUUAGGUCUAUUUCGGAAUGGCGGGCUAAGGAAGGUUGAGAACUGUUGGUCUACUCUCUCAGAACAGCUAACAAAAGAGAAAGUCGCAAGCGGCGUGAAGAGUGGAAGGGGUGUUAACAUCCGUACGCGAAUGGCGAAGACAAGCAAGGCAUCGCAGUGAGAGACCAGCUGCAGCACCGCUCAGCAGAACACCUCCGUCGGUCGCGUCGCGAGGACAACAGCACGAUGCAACCGACAUGGAUACUGGUGCUAGCCUUUGUUUUCACAACGGCUGUACACUUCUCUACUUCCCACGAAUCGCAAGAACGGAUCCAUGGCCUCACCGAGAUUCAGAAACGCUCUGCAAAUCCUAACCUUUCGGGCAACAAAUAUGACUCAACGUUGGCUUCCAGUGAUGGGGCAACUAAUCAAGUAACACCAGAUCUUAGAAGACUGCGCCGCGAUUCCAUAGUGAUACGGCCAUUAGGAGUAACACGAAUUAGAAACGAGAAACGACAACAGAAGCAGGCUAAAAGUCAGAAGAAUAAAGGAAAACAACGGCAAACAGCACAAGCUGUCAAAGGAAAUUUACGGUUCUCUGGUCUUCUCUAAGGCCCGCAACGUUAAGAAAGCCAAUCACUGAAAACCUUUGAGUGAGGUGUCGUGCUCGAAAUGAGUGAGACAAUCUGCCUCGCUCAAUCGCAGCGAUGACUAUAAGGCUAACCCUAUUUGAGUCAUAUGCACAUAAUUCUCACUCUGGGGGAGUUUGGUUUCCCUGACCUCGCCCAAUCGCAGUCAGAAACCUCACUCUCAUUGGGUGGGGACCGCAAGUUAUGACUCCGAUUGAGUGAGAGUCAGAUAUCUCUCAGGAGAGUAAGAUUUUUUGUGUCACACACCUCUUUCCUGAGAGUAUAAGAUAUCUGACUCUAGCAUUUUCCGUGGUACUCUGAUAAGUGAGCUGACAAUUGGCAUAAAUGACUCAUGUGUUCUUCGUGUUGGUGUUCAACUACUUACUCCAGUAUAAGAGGGGAUGAAAUAGUUUUGUCAAUUUCGGGCAAGAAUAAGAGCUGAUAUUGAUAGUUUGGCAGAAUUAUCAUCUAAGGAAACAGUUUUCAUCAAUAGAUAUGCCCAAAGCCAGAGCUGUUACUCUCAUGGGUGGUUGUAGAAAUGAGUGGAGUUACUUCAAAUCUCUCCUCCUAUUUUCUCACUCCAACUCAUGAUGGGUAGACCUAUAGCUGUGUGAAGAUGAACCCGGUACUGCAGUUGUAGUACAACAACUGCAUUCAUGCAAUUCCAACAAAUGCAAUUAUGGUGCUAUUUCGUCUUUGUGUUUUUUUAUACUGCCAUAGAUAGUAUAGUGCUUUGUACUGUGGUCUUUUCGUUUGAAAGGUCAGUUCAAGAGGAAAACAAGUCAGAGAUUAGUGCCUUGCUUAUUUCUGAUACUGCCUAAAAAACCUUGUGCCGUUGUUCCCUUUUGGUUGCUGUGUGAAGCAGUUAUUAUUAUUAUUAUUA